ACGCACAGGAAUUGUUUCUCAAGGGCUAAGAAAGCUAAAACAGGGUUAGUGUCCUCACAACGUCGGCCGUAAGCUGUCGAGUGGCUUUUCACUAAGUUGAAAGCGUUACGACACCACUUGUUGCAAGGCCAGCCACGUCUGUUGCGAAGUUGCCGCUCUUGGCGGAAAAUUGACGCAGCACGAAACACAGACAAAAAUUGCUCUCCGCCUUGCGACAGGUGAUACUCGCUCCGGUAGAUCAAUCGAAAUGCACUAAGCAAGGCGUCGUUGGAAGGCGGCGACGGUACCGCCUUGCAGGGCCAUGGAUCUGCCCGAGAUUGCGAGGCGUUUGGGAUACCUUGUUUACUUCGUCAGCCCGAAUGAGACGUCGUUUGAGAAGCUCGAAGACGUUCCCGACUACAUUGUACAGGUUGUGCCUCUAUUUACGGCGUUCCUGCUGAUCGAACUGAUAUUCAACGUUCUGCAGAAGAACAGCGACCGUUUUCAACUUGACGAUGGCCUGACCUCGAUAGGACAAGGCAUUAUUCAAGAGUUAUCCCGCCUCUUCACGGAAGGCACCCUCCUGGCCGGUUACAUUUACGUGUACAACAACUUCAGGAUUCUGACGCUGCCUUGGAAUUCUACGGGAACAUGGUUCUUCGCUAUGCUCGCCAUCGACUUUGCAUACUACUGGGUUCACCGCUGGGGUCACGAGGUCAAUCUGGCCUGGUCGGGCCACCAGGUACACCACAGCUCCGAGUUCUACAAUCUGACAACGGCCAUGCGACAAUCGGCUCUGCAAGCUUACUAUGAACCCGUCCUAUACCUUCCUCUGGCGCUGGUGGUGUCACCGAGCGCCUACAUGGUGCAUCGACAGUUCAACCGACUCUUCCAGUUCCUCAUACACACCGAGGCUGUACAGACGCUGGGCCCGCUGGAGCUAGUGCUGAACACUCCGAGCCACCACCGUGUGCACCAUGGCAGGGACCGCUACUGCAUAGAUAAGAACUACGGUGGCACGCUGAUCAUCUGGGAUCGUCUUUUCGGCACGUUUGCGGCUGAACAACGCCGGCCGGCGUACGGGCUGACCCAUUCCGUGAACACGUUCGAUCCAUGGACUCUACAGAUGCACCACUUUCUGCACAUAUGCCGGCAAUUCUCGACCAUCAAGGGACUAGGCAACAAACUUUCCACCUUGUUCAAAGGUCCUGGAUGGCAACCCGGCAAGUCGAGAUUGGGAGAUCCGAACGACAUUCCAGACGUACGCAGGCCCGUGGAAACGUACGCGCCAAAAACCACGCUGCUGUGCAAGAUUUAUGUAACACUGCAUUUUGCCAUUAUAGUCAUCGGCUAUGUGAAGCUGAAACAUUGGAGUUCAAUUAUAUCCAGCGGCACGCUUCUUGGUGGAAUUGCCUACAUCUUCUUCUCGCUUGGCACAAUGGGCGCACUCUUGGACAACAGAAGCAACGCCUGCGCAGUGGAGGCGCUUAGGUGCGCCCUGAUGCUGGUGCUGGAUGCCCGCGUCUUUCAUUUCUCAGCGAUGGCCAAGUCGGUGGCUGCCAUCGCGUUCCUGAACAUCGUCAGGGCAACGUACGCAGCUUCGUUGCUAGGCUGUGUCGCCGUCAGUGUGCGAGGUGUCACGUGGAGCGUCAAAGAAAAAGCGGCCUGAGAACGUCUGCAUGCACGUACACGUGAAUGCAGGCGAAGACUCGAAUGCUGUGCUGCGGACGAUUUUAUACGGGCUUAAAUACAUUGCCGGUGACUUCUAACUUGCUGUUCUUUUCGUGACCACGUUGCGCAUGUCUCAUGAGCUCAGAUUGCCAAACACUUUUGGUUGGUUUGUCCAGACGAGGAGUGUGCCUUAGCCAAGUUUUCGUGCCUGUUAGUGUAAUCGUAAGGAAGUAGAGCGUAAAAGCGGGAUCUGGAAUGCUGAAAUGUCUUGUGGUCCUAUGUGUGAGGAAGGCCUCAACGAAAGAAAUCAGGGAGGCAUGCGAUAGUCACCGCGCUUAUAUUUUUAUGGCAAACGCUUCAGACGCUUCAGACGGGUUGUGCUACACUAUAAUUAUGCUGUCGUUUUUACUACUGAAUCAUCUACUAUAUUGUCUAAGAGAGAUUAUAUUGCAUAUGGUCUUAAGCCCAACUUUACGUAUUUACCAUAUUGAGCUUUUUUUUUUAUUCCACCUAAGCACAAAUUGAGAUCAGCUUCAGGAAAAAUAUUUCUGGCUGUUAGUCAUUGCUACAUGCGGGGCAAAAGGCAGAUUCAAAGGAGGUGCAUUUUGUGGGAACCUUCACAAAGGCAAAUAUUGCUGCAGCGGAGCAGCAAUUAAGACAUGUCUGUGGUGCAUUGUCAAGCUACCAUUGCACUGCGCCUGCCAUCGUUUACAUCCUGCCUUCCAGCGCUGACACUUUAUCAGUUAACUUUGCUGCUUAAUACAUGUAAUCUUUUCAUUUUUUAACGAACACCGUAUACUGCGCAUAAGUGCAUAUGAAGGUGUAAGGAUAACCUGUUUAUUAUAAAGCGGAAUGAAGUUCAGUGUGACGGAAGCCAGUCACGUGUACGGAAAAUAAACGCCUUUGUUUAUUUUACCUGUGAACAAGGCUCUCGUGUGGGAGCCGAAACGUCUUCUUUUGUUUUAAAUUUUACUUUGGCCGGCGUAGUGUCCCAAAUUUGUGCAGCCUUUUCACCAUAUAAAGCUGAAUGAUCAUUCAAGCUAAUUUUAAUCGCAAGCCUAACGCUCAAAAUUUAAUCCCACUUCAUGAGCACCGCCAUUCAGAGUGCUUAAAGUUUAUGCACGCCUCCUUUAAAAUGAUAACUUUGUUUCUCAAUUAAUGAAGUCAAAAUUUCAAAAUUUUCGAUAACUGGAAAUUAUCACUGCCUAAAUCUUACACUUUUCGAUGCUCCUAGAAACAUGUUUAGUCUUUCUCCAUUACUCGCUGGAUCGCUGGAUCCUUUACCUGGAAGUGUGCUCUGACAAUCGUUUGAAUUUUUAGCAACUUGUAAAUAUUUUCAGUGCUGUGCAAGUAUUUUUUUCGGUUGCUUUGCUCACCGCAAACUCCUGCUAUUACCCUGUGUCGGAUGCAGUACGUUGAUGUUAAGCAAUAAGACAAACAUUCUGGCUAACCUAAUGACAGUGGCUUUUAUCAAUAGCUUUUCAUGCGUACAUCAAUCGUAUUUGGUGUUGAACAAAUAUUUUAAUAAGAAAAUGUUUGUUACUAAUGCCUUUCUGCCUGUCACAAGGAAAGUCUGUUGUGCAACGUGCCAGCUAAAAAAGAAGCUCAAACAAUGCAUAUAAACAAAGAACAUGACUUGGCUUUCCAUUGCACUUCGUGUCUCCUUCUUCAGGUUUACAGUGGAAGCAACAAAAACGUGCGCACAUUCACGGAAUUAAAAAAAAAGCUGUACAUAAGCAACCAAUAAAACUCAGGGCCUAUAUUCACAAAACUUCCUUUUCCCACGUUGUGCCGACGUUGUCCACGUUUGGCAAUUGACACGCUGAUCGCCUAGUUAUUUGGUUAAAACGCAGCGCGACCGGGACGAAAACAUUAGACGCAAAAACACAGAACAAGCACUGACAUACAACUAUAUAUUUUAUUGCACUCGAAACCUGUCUUUAUUCGCAGAUGGCUGCCAUGUAUAUAUAUAAACGGGGCACAAUCAGACAAUGGUGACACGUGAUCGAGCUAUAAUAACCAUAUAUCAAUAUCGUGUACAAAUGUUCUUAUUGUGCCCUGGCUUUGGGACAUGGCAGCCUUCUGCGUAUGAGAGGUUAGUCCCUGUGUACUAUAAAAAAAGACUAGUUGUAAGUCGGUGUUUGUCCCGUGUUCUUGUGCCAUUGUAUUCGUUCCAGUCACGCUGCGCUUUAAUCAAGUAUGAACCAACUCGCGCAAAUCAAGGUUUAACUGCGUCUGGUUAUCUCGCCGAUGGCUAUCACUACAGGCAGGCGUCCUGCCGUCUGCCAAUGAGGAAAUGGAAAUACCAGGGUCCUUCUGUACUUCUCUAGAAGCAUUGGAGUACCUGGGUAAUACGUUUCAGGGGUUUGUGAAUACAAGCCUCCUGUUUGGUGCAACAUCCUCGGCUUCCUUUUUUCUUCCUUGAAGAACUGCGAGUCGUAUUCCACCGUCGAAUCUGAGGUAUGAUGCCAUUGGGAAAAUGAGGUCAAUGCUUAAAGGACCAGCAUAAUUGUCCAUCGACAACCAUAAGGUGGCAAACUUGCACUUGACUUUGUCCAUGGGGCCUCUCAGGAAACUAGUCUGUCAAGUGAACGUGGCCUCACUGAGCGUUCCCGCAUUUCUUCUGCGGUUUUGACAAUCUGUAAGGUCUUGCAUAUAGUCUCGUAAAUUUCGUGAUUAAAGGCCCAUACCUUGUAUUUAUGGAAUAAUGCGGUAGGAAACAGCUCUUUUUUUUCCAGCGACCGGAAGAAAUAAAGCCGAUAAAAGGAAAGCUCCCAGGCCUUGCAUCAUCUACGUAGUAAGUGACGUUGAGCUUGACAUGUGGCUUUCAGUAUGUCCUUACUUAUGCGACUUGCCAGCAGUUUACUCGAAAGAGUGAUUGGCCGGCAUGCAGGGCUUUGCCUGCGCCUAUUGCACUGUAUUUAUGCUUUGGGCGCGCUAGUCGUAUAACAUUUGCUCAAAUUCGCUGAGUUUCCACUCUUAUGGCCAUGUUACGCGCUAGCAGUGCUUUAAUGUGCAAGAAUUUACGGAACAAAAAACCGCACAAGACAAAUAAAGUGAGAGUUACUGUUGUCUUUCGUCUCAUUUUCACCAUAUGACAACCACGUGUAUUUUUUUUCUUUUACAGCCGGGUUAUUGUCCGGUAAUCUCAGUUUGUUCUGCAUAUUCGACCCCUGCCGAAUAUCCGAAUAAAUUCGUAUUAACAUUAGUAUUUCGAAAUUCGUAUGCGAAUUUCGAAAGUCCUGUUUAUAAUUUCGGGCGAAAUGCGAAAGCAGCCGUGUACCUAGAUUUAGGUGCACGUUAAAUAACCCCAGGUGGUCAAACCGGAGUCCUCCACUACGGCGUGCCUCAUAAUCAGAAAGUGGUUUUGGCACGUAAAACCCCAUAUUCUGUUUUAUAAAUUCGUAUUUAAUGUUUUAGUUUGCAAAUAUUCGAUCCAGAAUUGAAAUUUUGCGUAUUGGUGCACACUUUGCGAUAGCACUUGAACAGCGUUGACCUGUGGCGCUGUUAACAAUAGUUCUUAUCAGUCUCACAACUUCGUCGCGAACGACCCGCCCUUAGCUCGGCAUUUACGUAGUUGCGAAGGCAGGACGUGAAUCACCUUUGGCGUCACCGCCAUCGAAUAGACCAAAGCGCGUGAGGCCAGAACGCGGGUACGCUUUCUCUGUACCUCACUCUUGACGCCUGUUAAGAACACGCCCACUACACACGACCUUUCCGCUGAGUAUCUUAAUGAGAUCAGCUUCCUGGACUGCGGCUAGCGAGAUGUGCGAUCUUUUUUCCGGUAGAAAAUACGUCGUGAACACGUGACCUCUGACGGUCCGUGCUUUCAACAUCCAUCGCUCUUAACAUUGUACAGAACGCAGCCGCUACCGACGAAGCGGUUGUUACUACAUUUAUUUGACCGGGGCCGAGAACUCGAUCUAUUUUGUCGCGCGGAAGCGGCUAAGCAAUGCGAUUUGAGCGUCGGUCAUGAUAGCGCAAGCGUGUGAUGAUGAUCCGCGAAGGAGACGACGCUGUACGUUCGUUUUGUUUCAUACUGCGAAAAUAUGUUGAGUGAAAACUGUUAUAGUACUGACGCUGAAGGAAGAGCACGAAUCACAUACGUACGCCACCUAUUACUUUAGUUGGGAAAGUUUUGUUCUUAAAUUGAAGAAAAAAAAGUGGUUUGUCGCUUUACUGAGCUUAUGCUGUAAUGCGUUGACAUUUUGAAAGCAUUGUGUCUGUUGGGACUGGGAAAUCAAGUGCCCUCUUUUUUGGUCGAAAAAGGAGCAUGGAAGUAUGUGGGCACACAGUAGAUGAACCUACCUGUAUUUGAAAGUUAUUUGAGACGCGCACGGUAUGAGCGGUGGUAAGAAACUUCAGGUAAGAAACGCUGCGAGCCCGGUACUUUCCAGUAACGAACGACAUGCGCGUUAUCAGCAUGAUAGCAUUCCCGACAGGAAAGUAGCGGGCGCGGCGUUUUCAAGAAAGGAAACGCAUCAAGGCAGAUGACGAUUAUAGUUGUGUGGCAGAAGGGGCACUCCAAAGGGUGUAAACUUUUCUUAGAGAGUAACAUGGCUGCGUUGUGCGACAAUAAAUUAUGGGGUUUAACGUGCCAAAACCACUUUCUGAUUAUGAGGCACGCCGUAUAGUGGAGGACACCGGAAAUUUCGACCACCUGAGGAUCUUUAACGUGCACCCAAAUAUAAGUACACGGGUGUUUUCGCCCCCAUCGAAAUGCGGCCGCCGUGGCCGGGAUUUGCUCCCGCUACCUCGUGCUCAGCAGCCCAACACCAUAGCCACUGAGCAACCACGGCGGGUGGCGUUGUGCGGACAGCGCGCUGCUCGUGCGAAUGUCAAGGCAACUCCGAAGACGACAACGACGAUGCACUACAAGAACGCGGAGCGCGCUCGAGCCAGCAGUGCACGCUCCUUACGCGUCUGGCCGGCAGCACGGGAACUCGAAGCAAGAAGCCUGAGGUGACAUCUUUUGCACAGUCGGGCUUCGGACUGGAAGAAUGAAGACCAUCACGGCCUGCGCGCUGCUGGCGGCCGUCUGGGUUUUGGUCGCGCUCCCCGCCGAAUCGAACGCUUCGUGGAGCGGCUGCCAGUACUUCAACUGCACACUCCGAACACCUGUGCGGCCAAGCGACAUUGGAAACUUCAUGGAGGCUUUCAACACAUUCAACUCUCAUCCGUGCAUCAACUGCACCUUCUACGGAAACAUCUUCCACUCUCAGAUCCAUUCUGUAUGAGCCCGACGUGACAAACGUCUAAAAAAUUGCUCGCAAAAAUAACUCAAUGAAAGAAUGUUUGAAGAAAA